AUGGACCCACCGCCGAAGAGGAUGAGGAUGGACAUCGUUCGGGGCUUCCCCGACAUGGGCAUGGCGCCGGUCGGCGGCGGCGGAUCGCCUCCUGAUCGCUCCGGCAUCGAUCACGCACAUGUCGAGCAAGCUGAUCCUAGGAUGCCGAAGCAGAGGACUUGGUCGCGUGCCUCGUCUGCCUGCCAGACGUGCCGUGGCCGCAAGACAAAAUGCGACAAUGAACGACCGAUAUGCGGCUACUGCAGGAGGGUUGGGGCAACCUGCACUUAUAUCGAAGACUCGGCUCCGGCAACUUCAUUAUGUCAGGGUGUGGGACCACGUUUACUGGGAGCUAUAGAGAACUUGGCCAACCUCAUCCAACGCAACGAGGACAACUUUCGCGCCAUCCCGCAACUCAGCCGCGACUUGUCCCGUGACUCGAGCGACUAUCCGGACAGCCCGACCUUCCAAGGGGGACGCCAGGAUAAUAUCCUCUCUGGGCAAGGCGGCAGUGCCGCCGACGGGGCCAAGCAAUUCAUCCGUCCCUCGUUAUCAGAAGCCGCCGGACUGGACUCCGUGCUGGAGUGGCCAAUCUUUCCUAAACCGGUGCCCUUCGCGAUAGACCCCUUCAGCCACGCUUCCCCACGUGGGGAGAUCUUUUCCCCAAGAUCGCCCCCGGCCAUGGAGUUCUACGAGCUGUCCCGGCUGGUGGAUUUGUUCUUGGCCAAUGUUCAUCCCAUGAAUCCCGUCGUCGAUAGUCAGAUGCUGCGCCAAAUGCUAAAGCAGGUUGCGGAGAAUGGACCCGACUGGUCGGCGUCCACCUGCAUCGUCGCGCUGACCUGCGCCCUUGGCGCCAUAUCCCAGAGACCCGGGCAGAGGACGCCAAGCGGGACCCCUCGUGGGUAUUCCGUGGAGCCCAAUCGCCAUCUCGCGUCGAGGUACUGGUCAGUCGCUGAGAAGCGGCUUGGCUUCUCCAUGGGGUCACCUGGUUGGGUGUCCGUACAAUGCUUGUGCCUUGCAGGAAUGUGGCACAUGUACAACAUGGAUCCCCUACAAGCGUGGAAAUGUUUCAGUAUGGCAAGCAACACUUGGUACACCACAUCGCUCACGAACAGACUGACCAUGCCGGCUGGGAAAGCCGAGACGCCUGAUUCUCUCCAGUCACUCUCAUUGGAGCAGAUUCUGUACUUCACCUGCUUCAAGUCUGAAUGCGACCUUGCUUUUGAGCUGUCUCUCCCCGGCUCGAUUCUCGCCGGUGUGGAUUACCCCUACAACUUGCCUACUCCCCCUACUCUUGGUGUCAUGAACCUGGAAAAUAAAGCCCUCAUGAUGGAGCAAAGAUCCUGGUACUACUACAUAGCCGAGAUCUCCGCAAGACACCUCAUAAAUCGCAUCACGCAAGCCCAAAAACGAUGUCCACCACCACACCCGACGGAGCACGGCAUUGACCGUAUGCUCGAGGUAUUCGAGGUAUUUGAUGCCCAGUUAUCGGAUUGGUACGAAUCACUACCUCCCCCGAUAUCAUUCCAAAUACCCAACGGGGAUAUUGCCCCCCUGGGUGAUGACUUUUGCCAAAUGCUCCGCGGACGCUACCUGGCGAUGAGAGAGCUGCUGUGCAGACCUUUCGUGCGCUUGGAGUCCACCAUCUCCAUCGCGCCCACGGUGUCGGAGCACAUGGUUUCUAGGGUAGCAGAAAUUGCUUCGAGAGGGUUGCAGUACUGUCUAUUUAGAAUUCAGGCUACGCCGUCCACGCCUCACCAUGGUCUUUGGUUGCAGCUACGAGGUUUUGUGACCUGUUCUUUGAUAUUGACGGCCGCCGAGCGCGCGCAGAGCAUUCCGUCUUUGAACAUGCCUACAAAGGUCACAUAUUCUCAGAAUUGGAGGCGGACAAUCAUUGCUCAGAAGGAACUUCUUUCUAGCUGCUGGGAAUUUGAGGAAGGAGGUAUCAGUGACUGCGCUAGGGUACUAGACUGGGCGCUCGCGAAGUUCUCGGUGUGA